GAGGCGGGGCCGCGUGUUUGGAGCGGCUCACUAUUUGGCAGGAAGGCGCGGAGGCCUCCGUUUGCUGGCGAGGCUGAGGGGCGGCUCUCAAUGUGGCAGCGGAGAGGAGGAGGAGGAGGAAAAGGAGAAGAAGGGGGCCGAGGGAGACGAGGGGAGCCGCAGCCUCCGAGGAUCUGAGCGGCCUGGACGGGAGAGCAGCGGCGGCGGCGGCGGCGGAGGAGCCUCUGCAGCGCUGGCACCCCCGCCGCCGACGCCGCCACCAGCCCCCCGCCCGGCAGGAGGAGGAGGAGGCGGGGGAGAAGGAGAAGGAGCCGACGGUGCCACGGAGCCCAGAAUAUUUUAAUUGAAAUUGCAUCUAUUAAGAUUGUGGAGAAGAUAAUCCUGGUUUGGCGUUUCGACUGUUGUAUUUUUUUACCCUAAGACUGAAAAGGACUUUACAACAUCCCCUAGAACUGGAUUUUCACCCUAGUUCAGCAGCUUUGCUGCUCACUUAAUUACAGAUGAAUGAAGACCCCAUUUGGAAAGGCACCAGGUCAGCGAUCCAGAGCUGAUGCAGGGCAUGCCGGUGUGUCUGCCAGCAUCAUGAAGAAGAGAGCUACCCACAAAAAGCAUCGAAACAACAUGGGACCAAGCAAACCAAUUUCUCAACCCAGAAGAAAUAUUGUAGGUUGCAGAAUACAACAUGGAUGGAAAGAAGGGAGUGGACCUGUAACACAGUGGAAAGGCACAGUGCUAGACCAAGUUCCUGUAAAUCCCUCUCUUUAUCUUAUUAAAUAUGAUGGAUUUGAUUGUGUCUAUGGACUAGAACUGCACAAAGAUGAGAGGGUUUCAGCACUUGAAGUCCUUCCAGAUAGAGUUGCUUCAUCUCGAAUCAGUGAUGCCCACCUGGCAGACACAAUGAUUGGCAAAGCAGUGGAACAUAUGUUUGAAACAGAAGACGGUUCAAAAGAUGAAUGGAGGGGAAUGGUAUUGGCUCGGGCGCCUAUAAUGAACACAUGGUUUUAUAUUACCUAUGAGAAGGAUCCUGUCUUGUACAUGUACCAGCUCUUAGAUGACUAUAAAGAAGGUGAUCUCCGUAUAAUGCCUGAUUCCAAUGAUUCACCGCCAGCCGAACGGGAACCUGGUGAAGUUGUGGAUAGCCUAGUGGGAAAGCAAGUGGAAUAUGCCAAAGAAGAUGGCUCAAAAAGGACUGGCAUGGUCAUUCAUCAAGUGGAAGCCAAACCCUCGGUCUAUUUCAUCAAGUUUGAUGACGAUUUCCAUAUUUAUGUCUAUGAUUUAGUGAAGACAUCCUAGACACCAUGCAAACUUUUGCCAAACUUGUGGAACUUCAAUGUAAAAUUUAUAGACAAUAAAGACUUAAUUGCUUUCCAGUUUAUUUGAAAGCUUAAAUGUCCCUGCGAGCCCACAAUCUCUGCCAGGAAAACUAUUCCAUUGUGAACUAUACAAAUAGACUUCUAUGUGAACAUGACACAUUUUGUGUAAGGGAACUUCUUUUCUUGAAGGAAAUCUUCUGGGUUGGGGCAGUAUGUCGACGAAAUUAGACAAAACAGCAGCUGCAAAUUCAAGCUGUGUCAGUGGAUCUAGCAAUGUAAUCAUUAAUCUGAUUUCCCCCCAAUUAUAACUUUUCCUCAGCUUCUCACUUAACUGUUCAACUGCCACAUGCAAGUGUUGCUUGGUAUUAUAUUACUUUCAUGUAUGUAACAUUAAAGUUUUCUUGUCUGGCAGUCCUUGUUUCCUCGGUUUGGGCAGAGACGAUUAUAAAAUGUUUUAAGCAGUGUUAAGGAGUGCCUAGCCCAGUUAACAUCUGUGCACUUCAUCCAAGUUAGUAGUUAAGCUACUGUUAGGUAAGCUUUUACAUUUUAGUUGCAGAAAGUAGAACAUGGCAGAAAUGUUAUGCAGUUGAUGAGACAAUGCAGUGCAAGAGCCCAUAUUGGCAAACGUAGGAUCUGGUCAAACUAUGUAAAACACUGAUGCCUUCAGUUCUAAAUGUUGUAGGGAAUUCUGUUUGUUUUAGUAGAACCCAGAUGCUUGGUGCCAUAUCAGUCUAGUCAUUUACGUAAUAUUAAAAGAGUUCUACACGGCAACUACUGGGUGUUUCCAUAUCAAGCCUAGCAACGUAGGUUACUUGUGUGUGGACUGAAAACUAUUUCAUGUAAAGACAAACCUUACAAAAGAGGAGUCCUCAUACAUUAAAGCUUGUGUUGCAGAGAAGGAAAAUCAUUUGUUGCCUUCUGUUUUGAUCUGCUGCAUUCCUUUGUAUUUAACUGUUUUGUUAAAGAAGGCAUCUACCUUUUCUCCUGGCCUUUUUUUCUAGGAGUGUGUCCAGACAAGACAUGUAACUCAAACCUAUUGUCAACCUUUUGUGCUGUACAUUGUAUUUGCUCGAGGUAUGCUGUUUAAUGUGAACUUCAUUAAAAAAAAUACUAGGGUUCUGCAUGCUAAUGGUGUACUGUCUAGCAAAAGUUAGAGAGUCUCCAUGGUUAAGUCAUCUGCAGCAGAUAGGGAAUGUAAAUAAGCAGCCCAUAGCCACAGAAUUCACUGUUUGUUUUUCCAGCGAUGAGGGUGGAGCCAUCCUUAAUGAGGGUUGAUUCUCCCGUUUGCUCCAAUCAGGCAGGACCUUGACUUUGGGCAUCAGCAUAGGGAGCCAUGCCUCCCCCCCCCCCCCCCCAGUAGCCAAGUCUAGUUCCUGCCUUCACUCUGUCAGGCUGCUUUUCAAGCUUUCUCUUCCUUGAAAAUAAAAAAAAAGAUUUCUCUCUAUAUAUUGCGGGGCAGACUAGAGCCAAAUGGAGGACCUAGAUAGCCCUGGGAUGUCUGGCGAGUCCGGACAUGCUUAGAGCCCCCCCCCCCCCCCCCCACUGGAGUUGGCCCAAUACUCUGAACUGCAGCAUGGAGGCUGCUCGGUGCAGCCGGAGGAGGGAUAUCCCUCAUCUCUGCGCUCUACCAUGCCCAGCUGCUGCAACCUGUCCCGGGAUCGGGGAGGACAGACCCAAGAGCGUGAGUAGUGCCGCACCAAGUGGUCCCCCUCCCUCUCAAACGCUCCCGCUAGAGCUGUCUACCCUGCUCUAAUUGCCAUACAAAUGGCGGCAUUUUUCCUCCUCUGCCUCCCAACCCUCCCUCCUCCCAGUGGGUCAAGCCUCGGUUGCCCUUUCGGCCCAAGACUUGGACAGAUGGGCAUAGCCACCUUACCCAUAGGGCCAGAGAGUCCUCUCUCUCCCCUCCUGCUUCCCGCUCUUCCAGGGAUGCCAACCCCCAAUCAGAGAGGGACAAAUUCGCACCUAAAAGUGCCUUGGCGCGCAAACACAAAAAGGAGGGGAAAAGGCCAUUCUGUCUUCCUCUUCUUUAUCUUCCAAAUGAAAGAGAAGGGUGCCAUCUAGUGGCAAAACAUCUCAGGCCAAAAAAUCCAAACUACAGCCAGCUAGAUCAUCUGAGGAUGAGAUUUUGUCCAGAUCCCAAUCCAUUUCUGCCUCUGAAUCAGAAGAAGGAGAAUGGUCUGAUGAAGAUGAAGACCCAGCUGGGACUCUUUCUACGGCUAGGCUUUUUUCUGCCAAUGAUUUUCCUAUCUUACUGAAAAAUGCAAUCAGAGCUCUUGAACUUGAUGCUAAGCCACAGCCUACCCAACAAGAUGACACCGAUCUACCCAAAGGCAAAGGCGAAUCCUUUCCUAAACCCUCACCAUCCAAUGAUGAGGUUCCCUUUCCAUCUGAUUUCAUGAGAGUAAUCAAAGAUGAAUGGUCCAAACCGGCAACAGUCAGACCUAAUCCUAGUUCUGUCAAAAAAUUCUAUUCCCUUCCUCAAAAUGUAAUGACCAAACUACUGAUCCCUCUGGUGGAUGCUCCGGUUUUCUCUCUCGUCACAUCGUCCGUCUACUCUAAAGAUGGAGAAAAAUAACUGAAACUUCCUGAAGACAAAAGGGCCGACUCUGUCCUCAAAAGGUGCUUCGAGGCCUCUUCCACUGCGAUUAGGGCUUCCUCAUCAACUUCCAUCCUAACCAGGGCAGCACAUCAAUGGGCUAAAGACCUUAUGCUAGAAGUCCCUAAGGGCAACUCUAGACUCCGUCAAGGAAUCAACAAGUUGCUUAAGGUUCUAGCAUUUGCCGCCGACUCCUUCCUUGACAUCAGUUUAGCUCUCGUGCUCAAGCAGCCUCAAUCGUGCAGAAGAUACCUUUGGCUAAAAAACUGGCAAGUAGAUACUCACUCUAAACAAAACAUUGGCUCCCUUCAGUGGAACCAAACUGUUUGGUGAAGCCCUUGACCCUGUACUUAUUGAGACUAUAAAGAUAAGAAAAAGGCUCUUCCAUCUGCCCCUCACUGAGACGACAGGAAGUCAACAGUCCUUUCAUUCCCCCCCAGUCUGCAUACAAUUCAUCUUGGGCGAGAGGUGGCAGGGGUGGCGGAUGACAGUGGUCUAGCAGAAAGUCCUCUUCACGACAACACUACAACAAUACAUCCUUUCCGAAAACCAACAGCUCCUGCCAAUCCAAUAACAACAAUGCCAGAAAACAGCAAAAUUCUUCAACAUGACUAUCCAAGCACCAGAGUGGGGGGCUGGCUACAACACUUUCUUCAGACUUGGUCCUCAACUACCUCAGACAAAUGGGUGCUAUCUACUCUGUUCUCAGGAUAUCAGAUAGACUUCACUCAAAUUCCAAGGGAGCAUUUAAUCAUUUCCCCCAAAUCUCAAAGACCACACAAACACCAGUUAAUGCUAGAAGCUACCAACCACCUACUACAGAUCGGGGCAGUUGAACUUGUCCCUCCUCUCCAAAUCACGAGGGGGUCCUAUUCCAUCAUCUUUCUAGUCCCAAAAAGGAACAAAUCAUGGAGAUCAGUCCUUGACUUAAAAAAGAGUCAGCAGACAUGUUCCCAAACGUCGCUUCUGGAUGGAAACGCUCAAGACCAUUCUAGAAUCUCUCCAUCCAGGCGACUACUUAGCUUCUGUGGAUUUGACUGAAGCUUAUCUUCAUAUUCCGGUAAACAGGGACCACUGAAAAUUUCUCCACUUCUGUUAUCACCAAAGACACCUUCAAUUCAGGGCUCUUCCCUUCGGCUUAACAUCGGCUCCGAGAGUUUUUACCAAAAUAAUGAUAGCUCCAGUGGCACACUGGAGACUUCAAGGACUGCGUGUCUUUCCCUACUUAGAUGACCUCCUGAUCGCCUCCUCUUCCCCAUCUCUGGCAACAAAAGAUGUCGAUGUCAUUCUCUCAUCAUUACAACACCAUGGUUUUCUGGUAAAAAUCUUGGGAAAAGCCACCUUACCCCUUCCCAAUGUAUCCAUAAUUUAGGAGUGAUUAAUGAUUGAAGACACGAUCGCGUUGAUAACCAAAAAACCAACACACUUUCUCCUUCUCGCAAGGCUACAGGGCCUCAUGAUAGCGGCCUCACAAUGUGUUCCCUGGGCCCGAUUUCACUCCCACACGCUACAGUGGCUGAUAUUACCUCAUCAAAAAUCAAUCAUUCACAGAAUAAACAAACAAAUUCCACUCCCUCACAAGGUCAAACUAUCCCUACGAUGGUGGAAUUCCCGCUCCGUCCUACGAGGAUUUCCAAUUCAUCCAAUCCCCCCGAUCCUAAUAAAAACCGAUGUCAGCUUGAGGGGUUGGGGGGCCAUGCUAAACGACUGAUAUGCUCAGGGACAUUGGAACCCAAACAGAAAAGGAGGGACCAGAUCAACAUCCCUAAUGCAAGAAUCAUCGAUACUGCUGCAUUGGGCAGAAAACAAACUUCUCUCCCUCAAAGCAGAACACACAAAAGCAGAACUAAACACAAAGGCUGACUGGCUGAGCAGAUCAGACAUAAAUCAAGCAGAAUGGCACCUCCAUCCAGAGACGUUCCUCCUGAUAACACAGAGGUUCGGCAUGCCUCUGGUCAACCUGUUUGCAUCCCCAGUGAACAACCAGGUCCCUCGGUUGUCACAGUUUCUGAAUCAGGGCGCAGAACAAAUAGAUGCCCUACAUGCACCUUGGCCCCAGGGCCUCCUGUAUGCGUUCCCUCCAACAGCAAUGAUAUCACGAUGCCUCCAAAAGCUAAGAAGUGAAAGAUCAACAAUCCUCCUGAUAGUGCCACACUGGCCAAGAAGGGCAUGGUUUUCUGAGAUAUCCCAACUGGCUCUAGACAGUCUGCGCCUUCCGAUCCAUUGACCCAGAGCCAGAAUGGCUAAACCUUCACACAAGGAAAUUGAGAGGUGCUUAUUAAGACGGACUAUUACCUCGAGUUGCAGAUACCAUCAUCCAAUCAAGGAGACCAUCUAUUCAGAGAAUUUAUGAAUAUUCUUAUAGAUCUUUCUAUAACUGGUGUAGAUCUAAACAGACUUCCACUUCCUCAAUAUCUGUAAACACACUCUUGCUAUACCUUCAAGAUGGUCUCGACAAAGGCCUCAGGCCAAAUACUCUAAAGAGACAGAUUUCCGCUAUUACAUCAGCUCUCCCAGCAAAACUGGUCUUCAACUAUCUAACCAUUGCUAUGUCAAAAGGUUCUUGAGAGCAACCUCUCUCAUCAAGCCAUCCACGGUCCACAGAUACCCUAACUGGGACUUACACAUUGUCCUUCAGGCACCAACUAAACUGCCCUUUGAACCCUUAGACAAAGCAGAUCUAAAGUUCCUUACAGCUAUCACUUCGGCACGUAGUGUGUCAGAAUUGGGAGCACUGUCAACUAGAAGUGAACUGCACAUAUUCAGAAAAGAUCUGGUUUUACUUCGACUAGACCCGACAUUUAUGACCAAGGUUAAUUCCACUUUUCACAGAUCUCAAGAGAUUAUCUUGCCUUCAUUUGUUCCAGAUUCUAAAAAGGAGCUCGAAAAGACGUGCCAUACGCUUGAUGUUAGACGGGUCCUCUUCACCUAUAUCAAGCGUACUCGCAGAUCUCGCAAAUCAGAUCGCCUGUUUGUGUCCUUCAGCUCAAACUACAUGGGAAAAAAGGUCUCAUCUUCCACUCUGUCUAGAUGGAUUCGCUCCUGCAUAGCUACAUGUUAUUCAAUUUCCAGGGCCACACUCUAGGGAAAGGUCACCACACACUCCACUCGCAAUGCUGCAACGUCUGCUGCUCUUGCAACUAAUGCUCCCUUAGGAGAUAUUUGUAGGGCGGCCACAUGGUCAUCCCCUUCCACAUUUAUCCAUCAUAACUGAAUCGAUGCCUUCCAAUCGGCUGAGGCAUCCUUUGGAAGGCGGAUACUUCAGUCCAUUUUAUAGAUUCUGUUUACCUCAGUUCCCCACCCAUUGGAGAGCUUUGGUAUAUCUCUCAUUAAGGAUGGCUCUGCCCUCACCGCUGGAAAAAUGAACAUUGGCUUACUUUGUGAGAAGUUUGUUUUCAGCAAUGAGGGCGGAGACAUCCUGCCCUCCCGAAACUGAGGAAAUAUUCUCCCCGGGGGGGGGGGGGACAAGCUGUUAUGCUACCACAAGCCCCAUGAUACAGUAACUUGAAAACCAAAGUUUUCUAGUUAUAGAUUGUUGAGUUUGGGGUUAAUUAUAAUGUUAGGUACUUAUGAUAAUAGGGCCAGUUAGUCUGCUAGAUUUACCUAUACUUUGCUUGGCUUUUCAAUGACUGGGCUACUAAGUGGGGGGGGGGGCUCCCUAUGCUGAUGCCCAAAGUUAAGAUCCUGCCUGAUUGGAGCAAACGGGAGAACCAACUCUCAUUAAGGAUGUCUCUGCCCUCAUCGCUGAAAACAAACAUCUCACAAGGUAAGCCAAUGUUCGUUUUUAUUCCUGUUAUUUUCUUUUUUCUUUCUUUUUUGGUAAAGUGGUAGGUUGGUGUGGCAGCUUUUUAAAGUUAUCAGUGGAAAAGUAUCAACAGCAACAAAGCUGACACAGGGCAUUGCGGUUGUUAAAAAACUGCCUUGCACAAGUAAAUAAGAACCAAACACCAUUGUUUAUACACAACUUAGAAGAGAUUCUUUUUUUAAAAAAACCUGUUGUUGAUCAGCUUACUUAUUGAGACCCAGAUUACCUCUGGUGUUGAAUAUACAUAUUAAAAUCCAUGUGGUUUUAAGCCCUUCUUAUUUUUGCCUGAAUUCAUAUUGUAGCCUUAAGGCUUGUGCCUCAUUAUGCUCUUUAAUGGUAAUAAAAGCUCACCAUAUAAAUACAGUAUCUUAAAAUCUCUUGUCAAUUGCUACUGUUGCAUUAUGUCCAGUAUUUCAUCAUGGGCAGCCAAAGGCAGGCUAUUGUCUUUUCCAUGAAGAGCUUCUCAAAUGCAGUCCUUAAGCCCUAAGUACCUGAGUCAUAAAUGUUCCUGUGUUCUUGAACAAAGUGAGCAGAUUUGCAACCCAGUAUUUUUCAUCCUGCAGAUCUGUAUGUUUUCUAUUGACUCUUUAGAGUCCUGCAUGUAAAUCUCAAAGCUGAGCCUGGCUCCAUGAGCCCAAGUUGAUAUUUGUGGCACAAGAAUGAGUGAGUGUAUUUGAACAUACACAAGACAUGUAAAUGUAGUACUUUGAAAAUUGGGGGCUACAUAAACAAUGAAUCCAAGGUAUGUCUCAAGAUACUUGCUGAGGAUUAAGUAGACCGAAAAUGUCACGUUCAAAGAGCUUGCAAUUGGAGUAAGGGUGUUAUGCGAGUCUCUUAAUACACCACAUUCUGCCAGUUUAGAGUAAUCUAUAUUCUGUAUAAAUUUUAUGGUUUUUUAAAUGUCCACAUUGUCUGCCUUUUUGAUAGCUUAGAACACCUUUUGCUUUUGGUUUUUCAGAGGCUUGAGACUAAUUCUACUCCCUGCCCAUCUGCUUUUGGGCUUUGUUUUAGGCUCAUGUUUCAGAUCUGCAUGCAGUGCUUGUUACCCUGGUAACUAAAUGUUGGCUCCUCAUGCUAGGGAUUCAACAUGGUUUUCAAGUUAUCAUGGGCUUGUGGUAGCACAAGCUAUGGGUCUGUGUAUAAAAGUUACUGGCCUUUCUCCAUUUACUUGCUGUAGUAUUGUAUAUUGUGUGUUUUGCGUGAUGUCAGGCUGCCCUGUACAAUUUUAAACAAUGAACAUAAAAUGCAGACCAUCCCUUUUUUGCAUGCUUAGAAGGUAGAAUGUUCAGUGUAACAAAUUUAAAAGUUGCAUGUUUUAAAAAAAUGUUUAGGUUCUUAGGGUUUUUUUUUAUUUUGUGUUUUUUGUGGAUUUGCUUAUUGUGCUGUUUUAAUGGUGGUUAGUAGGAUUAAAUGCACUGGUGAGGCAAACAUAGUGCCAACAGGAGGUAACUUUCCAGUUGUAUGUGUCAUGCAGCGUUUGAAGGGACCAUGUACUUUGCUCAGAAUAAAAUAAAAAUCAGUUGAAUUUAAAUUAUCCUUUUUUUGUGCCAAAUCCUAAAUUAAGUUUGAAAUCAAAUCAUAUUAAAAUCCCAAAUGGGAAAAGCCUUUUUCACUGGAUACACGUCCAAGCUUUUUAAAUUGGUACCGUUACAAAAACACACACACACACACACACAAAGGCUUCUUUGCAGAAACAUUAAUUGUAACCAUUUCAGAGAACUGGAGGGGGGGGGGAGUUUCAAGUUUGUGGUUCCUUGAAAAUGCUGUGCUUUUUUUGUAUUUUACAUCAUUAGUGCAAUUUGGAUGGUUAUUGAUAUGUGUAUAGUUCAAAGGUCUUCGUGUUCACAUUUAAAAUUAGGUAAAUGACUUCAUCUCUAGAGCUUGGUUUCAUUUUUUUUUAACAAUGUAGACAGUUCCCUGUUCUCUGCAUUUAGAAGUAUAAACACUUUAAAUCUGUUAAUUCUGUAAGUAAUUUUUAUAAUUAUGAUGUAACUCUAUCCUUAAAACAUUUAAAAUAAACCCUUUAUGUGCAACA